AUGUUGUUAAGUUCGCCUCAACUGGGCAUAACAUGUGCAUUUUCGGAAAGGCCGGCAUUGGGAAAACAACGGUUGUGGAAAGCAUCAUUAAAUUCUCUGACGGCGAAAGGCUUGAAAUGUCAAAUUGUGUGUUCGACUGGGAUUUCAUGCGAUGCAUAUCAUGGUUUAGCAAAGACUGUACAUUCACAUUAUAGAUUACAGACAGCCAAACUUCCUGCCAAUUCGCUAAUUAGCCGUUCUUUGGGAAGAAAAAACAUCUUGUUGCAGAUUGCAGACACGAACGUACUAAUAUGGGACGAGGUAUCCAUGACGAGCCACCGCAUUUUUCAUAUUGUUAAUGCCAUUCAUCAUCUGGUUUCUAACAAUGACUUCCCAUUCGGAGGAGUACAGGUUAUCCUUGUCGGAGAUUUCUGGCAACUGAGAUCUGUUCCGAGUCUUCUUGAUCCUGGAAAAUCUAUCAUUUCCUCGCAGCUUUUGGAUAAAGUAUUCCCACAUCGAUUCGAGUUGCAGAGAGUAUUGCGGCAAGGGGAUGAUGAAGAUAAGUUAAAACAUGCUUUAGAUCAUGCGAUGACGAAGUAGAGCAAUAUCUUCAAAGCCUAUCAAGAGAUUUGGAUUUGACCGAUAUGCUUCCAGAGAAGAUCGAUAUAUAUUUCAAGAAACUACCAGUUGAGAUCCACAACCUAGAUGCCUUGGCGAAACUUCCUGGAGAACUUACAGUCUUCAAAAUUUGAAUGUGAUAAAGAGUGCGAGACAGAAUUGAUAGAGAUGAACAACCUGGUUCAUGAUAACGAUUUUCAUUCCGCUGCUUCUUCCUAUUAUGAAUCUAACAGUGGUGUGGUUGUCAACCUGGAAGAUGUCUUACUAUGUAUGUCCGACUUCAGAGAUGAACUGUCAAAACCUCCUUCAGCGUGAAAGCCUUCUUGGACAAAUUGAUCAACGAUGCCAACGAAGAUUCCUACAGCCAAUCUGUUACAUCUGCAGCAAAAUAUGGGGCCGAUAAUUUAGAUGAUUUUGAAUUAUUAGCUGUAAUAUUUUGGUGCAGAAUUUACGAACUGUUUGAAAAUUACCUGACAGAGAAUCUGAAAGUACUACAAAUGACAAAUAAAGAUUUCACCUGCACCACAUCCAAACUACAACUUCUUUUCUUGUCCCAGGAAUAUCGAAGCAACCUGAUUAGUGUGUAUAAUGUUAAGAAAUGGAUUGAAAUUGAUGACGGGCAAAGAAGCAUAGGUGCUCUGCUUCUCUUCCAACUGUUUCAACUGUUUGGAUCCGAGGUUGGAAAGCGUGUCCAAAAAGAAGAAUGUACACCAAUAUGUUUCAACAUUCAAGACAUGGGACCGGACGGGCGUGGAAAAGUGCGAUAUAUUGGAGGAUGGGACAUCAGUAAAUGUCUAAACAGAGCGCGAAGCUAUGUAAUAGAAAAUAAAUUGUCCCAGUCAACGAAUGUUCGCCUCAAAAUUCACAAAGAGAUGAAGAAAAUCAACCUGUUAGAAAACUAUGUUACACUACCACACGAAGCCACCCAACUUUCAACUGCAAAUCCUGAAAGCCUUCGUGUGGUCCAGUCUCCACAGUACAGAAACUGCGGUCUGAUCCACAUCAACGAUGAUGCAUCCGAUUUCUUUCUGGCAUUGGAACAAGAACGAGUUGAUAAAAUCAACAUUCAAAGGUUGUCAUCUUUACAAAAUGAUAUGAUUGAUGACUCCAUCGUUGAAGCUGUAAGCAAUUCGACACUGGAAACCUGCAUUUUUUAA